AGCACCGUGUCAAAUUGGUUUCAUGUAAUCUGUUAAUCUGGGGGAGUGUCUCGUUUUAACCAAGGACCCCUCUCGGUGUAACCACGCCCAAUCAGCUGUUUCCUCAAGAUCACCGAAACUCAUGGGGAAAAAAACUUUCCGUCGCGUCCGGAUCGGUCUCACGGUAAACCCAUGCUAGACUUUUUCUUUUGGGAUUUAAUUUUGGUGCGGUGUUAGUCCAGCAACAAGUAGUGUCAACAUGUCUCUGGCGGAUCUGCAGUGGUGUCCCACAAGCGUCCAGGUAACGGUACUCCAAGCCAGAGGCCUGAGGAUAAAGGGGAAAAGCGGCACUAACGACGCGUACGCGCUCAUGCAGGUGGGCAAGGAGAAGUUUCAGACCUCGGUGGUGGAGAAGAGCGUGGCGCCGGUGUGGAAGGAGGAGGCCGCUUUCGACCUGCCGCCGCUGCUGCCCCUGGGCGGCGGAGGUGGAGGUGGGGGAGGCACGGAACGCUGCACGCUGCAUGUCCAAGUCCUGCACCGGGCCCUGAUGGGUCCGGACAAACUGCUGGGACAGGCUGUCAUCAACCUGCUGCAGCUCAGUGAGGACAAAACCCGCGACAAGACCAUGUGGUUUAAGUUGCUGGACAAGACUGGCAAGGCAGACAAAGACAGAGGAGAGGUGCUUGUGGACAUCCAGUUCAUGAGAAACAACAUGACCGGCAGCAUGUUUGACCUCUCCGCUGCCGGCAAAUCCAGAUCUCGCCUGGGCAAGUUAAAGGACAAAGUGCGUGGCAAGAAAAAGGAAUCGGAUACUGCGUCUAACGUGGUGCCAUCCUUCACCCAGGUUCUGACAGACAGCGAGGAGGAGGGAAACCAGGAGGAAGAUGUUGACAAAGGCGAGAAAAAGAAGAAACCAAAGAUGAAGUCGUUGUUUUCUACCAAGUCUAACCUGCAGAGGAACAUGUCUCAGUCAAUGUCUGUUCUGCCUUCGAAGAACUCCUCACUGAGCGGCAGCCAGUCGUCUGGUCUAAAUGUGGAUUCCUCUGAAGGUAAAAAGAAGUUCAAGUUCUUGAUACAUAAACGCUCAGGCAGCUCAGACAGCAAAGAUUCCUCCUCUGGUCACCAAAAACAUGGCGCUGCCGAACAGAGUAACUUGUGCAUCAAUGGCAGUCAUGUAUACUGUGAAGGGCAGCCGCCCCAGACGUCUCGCAUCGGUUCCAACUUCAGUCUGGCCAGUUCAGGCCACGGAUCCAUGGAGGAUGUCCCUGAAAGUUCUCCAUCUGUUGAUUCACUGAGGGCAGUGAAGCAAUAUUCACCAUGGACAGAGGAGGAGGAGGAGGAGGAGGAGGAGGAAGGAGAGCAUAUAAAAGAGGAUGUGGGUACACUAAGAAGGGAGGAAGAGGAAAAAAUUAGGAGACAAGAAAAAGAGCUUGAGAGGUUGGCUGAGGAGAAGAGACAAGAGGAAGAAGAAAAGAGGAUUGGGGAAGAGAAAGUUAAAGGGGAGGAAGAGGAACGGAUUAGGAGGCAGGAGGAAGAAAGAGCUCAGGAAGAGAGGAGGCAAAAAAAGGAAGAGGAGAGGCUCAGGAGAGAAGAAGAGCGUAAACGAUUAGCGAAGGAAAAGAGGAUACUAGAGGAACAAGAAAAAGAGAAAGUUAGAAAGGAGGAAGAGGAGAGGAUCAGGAGGGAGGAGAGGGUUGAGGAAGAGAGGAGGCGAGCGGAAGAGGAGAGGGUGAGAAGACAAGAGCGUGAGGAAAAGAGGACACUUGAGGAACAAGAAAGGAGGCGAAGGGAGGAAGAGGAAAGGAUUAGGAUGGAGGAGGAAAGGGCUCAGGAAGAGAGGAGACACAAGGAAGUGGAGAGAGCAAGGAGACAAGAAGAGCAGCGUAAAUUAGCAGAGGAAAAGAGAAGAAUGGAGGAAGAAGAGAGGAUUGAAAAAGAGAAAGUUAGAAAGGAGGAAGAAGAGAGGAUCAGGAGGGAGGAGGAGAUGGCUGAGGAAGAGAGGAGGAGACAAGAGGAGAAGGUGAGAAUCCAAAAAGAGGAGUGUGAGGAAAACGGGAGGCUUGAAGAACAAGAAAGGAGGCAAAGGGAGGAAGAAGAAAGGAUUAAAGAUGAAGAGAAGGCUAGGAGGGAAAAGGAAGACUAUGAGAGAUUAGUAGAGAAAAUUAAACUAGAGGAGGAAGAAAGGAAAAGGAUUGAGGCAGAGGAGAAGAUGAGACAAGAGGAAAGGAUAAGGGUGGAGGAAGAGAUGAGGAUUAAAGAUGAAGAGAAGGCUAGGAGGGAAAAGGAAGACUAUGAGAGAUUAGUAGAGAAAAUGAAACUAGAAGAGGAGGAAGAAAGGAAAAGGAUUGAGGCAGAGGAGAAGAUGAGACAAGAGGAAAGGACAAGGGUGGAGGAAGAGAUGAGGAAGAAAGAAGAGGAGAGGUUUAGAAGGCAAGAAGAGCGUGAGAAGUCUGCAGAGAAAAAGAGGAUAGAACAACAAGAGAGAAUUGAAGAGGAAAGGAUUAGGAUGGAGGAUAGGAGACAAGAGGAAGAGGAGACAGCUAGAAAGGAAAAUGAAGAACAUGAGAGAUUGGUAGAGGAAAAAAACAGACAAGAGGAACAAGAGAGGAGACGGAUUGAGGAAGAGAAGAUUAAAAAGGAGGAAGAGAAGAGGAUUAGGAUGGAGGAGGAAGCUGAAAAGGAGAGAACAGAAGAGGAGGCCAGGAAGCUGGAGAUGGAGAAGUUAAUAAGGGAAGCAGAGGAACAGAAGGACAAUCAAACCAAACCCAACGCUUCAGGGAAGAAACCUCAAGUGGCUGUGGAGAGCCCUGCAGGAAUCCCUUCUAAUCAGUCUGAUGAAAACUUUUCAAAUAAUCCCUUUGAAAAGAUUCCCGACUCUCCCGCUGGACUCGACAGCAACACAGCCAAGAUGUCAACUAUCCAACAAAGGGUUCAAUCUGCUGCAUCACUGAUGGGAAGCAAGCCCGUUUCCACUGAUGAAAAGAAUCCUAUUAGUACUCAACGGGAGAGGCGGUUGGCUCCACAGCCUCCAGGAGGGAAUCAAGCUGAGAGACAGGCUCAGGGGGAGCAGCAUGGCUCUACGCCACAUCUGGCACAAAUUAACAAGAAAAGUAAAGACAUCAAAACUGUUCUCCCUCAGCGCUCAGUGCAAAUGAUCGCUCCUCUGAGUAGGUCUCCCACAGAUACAAAGAACACCCAGAGCAUGACACAAAGUAGUUCCACUAAAGAAACCUCAAAUGGAGCCAAACACAGUAAACGUCCUGCGCCGUCUAGACCUCAUUCUGUGGAAGAAGGGCUAUCAUCUGAUAACACAGGACGGUCUUCUGAUGGCGACAUUUCCCAUGAAUGUGGCUCGGGGGCAAAACAAUUCCCUAUCGUUUAUGGCUUAAAUCCAUUUGAAGACGACGACGAAGAGGAAAAUGUAGCCCAAGAGGAUGCAACAACUUCUGGCAAUACUGGUUCAGUACAAUGGCCUCCAGUCGUGUCCCAAGCUGCUGAUAAAGAUGCCGCCUCUCAAGUAAAAAUCAAAUCCUCAAAGGCCCGCGCUCCCGCACUUCCUGUGACCAUACCUGAUAACCGUGCAUGUGACCCCGAGUCAGAGGACAUUAGUCCUGUGCAUGUCCAGGAGGCUCCACUACAAGAGUCCCAGCCUGCGGCAGUGCAGAGUGCAGGGGAGGAAGCAGGUGGCAAGAAGGAGGGGCCUCCUAUUACUUUACGCAGGCUUCAACCUGUAAAACCCCUUAAUCCUUUGAAACAGCAGUCUGUUUCAGUAGUUCCAGGGGAAAAUGAUAACAAGUCCACUGGAAUUCUGUGUCAAGUUCAGGAGAAAACAAAGGUAAAGGACACUGGGCUAAAAGGGCCCUACUCCCAGCUGACUCGGGAGGAACUCAUCUCUCUGGUGCUCAAACAAGAAACCCAGCUGUCCGAGAGAGACAAAAAGAUAUCCGAGCUGGAGCAGUACAUUGACAACUUGCUUGUGCGCGUCAUAGAAGAGAAACCAAGUAUUCUCAUGUCCCUGAACUCUCUGAAGAAAGCUGCCUAGGUGGAUUCUCAGCUGACCGUUUUUUAUUUCCACUGUACCUAAUCAGUUCAGACACAGUAAUCUGACAUUACCACACCAGAUACUUCGCAAUACUUGUGGAUUAUAAUAUGGAAGGUAACUUGAGUAAAGGUUUAGGUUUACAAGGCUUGAACAGUGGCGAUCAAGUUCCCCAUACAGGCAAAUGAAUAGUGAUGAAGAUUUAAUGUUGUGAAAGACAUCUUGCAGACAUUGUUUAAUCUUCAGAUAACCGCUUCAAUUGGAGGAUUAUAUAAAGUU